ACAAUACAGAAAGUACUAUAGCGAUUCCAAACCCGAAGGUAGACGGCGCUAAUACGUUUCACAAUUGUAGUGUCGACGCCAAACGAGAAGAAGAAAAAGCUUUGGCGCAUGCGCAGCAGUCUAAGAAGCAGGCCAUUUUCAAACAAAACCGCGGGCAACAUUUCAGUAACUUGAGCGAAAAAAAGAACACGGUAACCGUUUGUUAAAACGUUAAAAAGGACAAAAGGAGACGAAAAUCAAACUACACAAUGACCAGCACACUGAAAGGAAUUACGCUCAAAGGAAGUGCGGAGCUGGUCGCUGAUUUCUUUUGUUUUGGUAUCAACAGCAUCCUGUACCAGCGUGGCAUCUAUCCUCCGGAGCAAUUCACCAGAGUCAGCCAGUAUGACAUGAGCCUCCAGGUCACCUCAGAUCCUGAACUGAAGAACUAUCUUGACAGUGUGAUGACACAGCUCAAAGAGUGGCUCCUCAAUUGCACCGUGCAGAAGCUGGUGUUGGUAAUCACAUGUCUGGCAACGGACGAGGUGUUGGAGCGCUGGCAGUUUGACAUAGAGUGUGACAAGUCGGCCAUGGAGUGCAGUGCCCCUCGAGAAAAAUCCAUUCAAACCAUCCAGGGUGAGAUCCGCUCAGUUCUCCGACAGAUCACCGCCUCCGUGACCUUCCUACCCUUGCUGGAAACGCCAUGCAGCUUCAACCUCCUGAUCUACACUGACAAAGACCUCGCAAUUCCCGACAAGUGGGAGGAGUCCGGCCCGCACCGCAUCAACCAACCGGAAGAGGUGCGCCUCCGCUCUUUUACCACGAGCAUCCACAAGGUGUGCAGCAUGGUCACUUACAAGAAGACGUGCUCACUUUAAAACACUUUUAAAGCGCGGGGUGGGCAACAUCAACAGGAGCCAAAACUCAAGAACACCCCAAACAUUUCACACUGUCAUACAAUAAUAACAAUAAAUAUUUUUUUUCAUACAUUUAGCAUGGCUUUCAUUAAAUCACAACUUAUACACCCACCCCGGCUUUCACGCACACAUUUUGGACUUUAUGAAGCAUCCACGAAGCAACAAUGAGAAGGUAAGCACAAAGCUAAGUUGAACAUGUGUUUGUGUGUUCCUUUUUAAUGAACUUCUGGGGGAAAAAAACGAAUCUGAUGGCAGAUGUGGUAUUACACUAAACAAAAUAAGAAAAAAAAUCAACAUGUUUAACAGAAUUUAUUUCAUGGGGCAACAUUGUUGGUGAGCUAGGUCCAGAUGACAAAAACCAGGAUCCAUGUCGAAUUCAAUCACUGUCUACAUUUCCAAAAAUGCAUUUAUGAUCUUAUAAGGCAGUGGAGAACCUUUUUUUCCCCUCUUUUUUAAAGUUGUAUGAAAAAUAAUUUAAAAACUUCUUCUGAAAAGUGCUUAAAGAAAAUGUACAUUAACCUAAUAAAUACAUUAAACAAAUAAAUAUGCAUGGCGGACUGUUAUAUGUGAGAGGGAUGCUGCAGUAGUGCGUAGAUAUAACCUGCAUCCCAAUGUAAGUUUUUUUUUUCUGUUCUCAUAUCUGUAAGCUAUUAAUUCAACGCCACUCAGUGCAAGAAUAAUAAAUAGCUUCUGUACUGUAAUGACUUAAAAAAA